GAGGUGAAUGUGUGUUUUGUUCCACAGGGUGAACACAUUGACAAGGCUGAUAUCCAAAAGUAUAGAGAUGCCAGCGCAGAAGUUUUUGACGUUCUAAACAAUUUCGAUGAACGCAUUGUUGUCGAACGUGCUUCAGUUGACGAAGCGUUUUUAGAUCUCACUGAAUUGGUGGAUCAGAAGAUCGUGGAAUUUGGGGCAGCGCAACUUUUGCAACAUGUGAGUAUGAAGAAGUCAUCUUUGCGCUUAUUUGCGAAUGUAGCUAAACUUGGUCCGAGGUCUGGAAUCGAUCGAGGCAAAAAAUGA